AUCUAAUGAAAGUUCCAAUGACGAUCAUAUUCAUGAUGGACCUCGCGGUGAUACACAUUCAAGCAAGGAUGGGGAACAGUCCGAUGCACCAGAUGCAGUACCAUCGUGUUCGUCUGCCAAGAAGAAAGCUAAGUAUGAAGCCAAGUUUUCAGAUGGGUGGCUUCAUAACCAGCUUUUUUCAGUGGCUACAGAAGAAGAAAGGCAAUGCAGGGAAGUUUGUACCGUUUUGUAGCAUUUGUAAAGUGGACAUCACUAUGGGGAAAAGUGCAAUUAUGAGACACAAAGAGAGCAAGACUCAUCUGCAAGCUUCCAAAAUAAGUGAUGAUCUGGCUAAAUCACAACCUGGAAUCCAGACGUUCUUUCAGUCUUCAUCUGAUGAAAUUCUCAAGCAUGCUACUUUAGGCAAACAGAAAGCAACCAACACAAUCAGACAGGUGCUGGGCUUUCAUUACAUGAUAGAGGGAGUUGAGCAACUGAAAGGUCACAAAUUUUCGUUAACAAUCGAUGAGACAAUGGACAAGUCAACAAAGAGUCAAAUGGCUGUAAUUGGGACAUAUUUUGAUGCAGAAAGCUUCAAAAAUGAAUUGUAUUUAUUGAUCUCAUCGAUCUACCGAAUGGAAAGGCAGAUACCAUCUACAAUGCAGUUAUUCAGUAUUUGCAGGAAAAACAUAUUCCAAUGGAGACUGUCAUUGUAUUUUGUGCUGACCCCUGCAAUGUUAUGUUUGAAAUCCAUCAUUCAGUUUCUCAGCUGCUUCGUAAGCAUCACCCCUGGAUCAUGCCAAUCAAAUGCUCUUGUCAUUUAAUUCAUCUGUGUGCGGCUCGUGCUUCGUUGAAGCUACCAAAGUCAAUGGAGGACUUGUGCAGGAACAUUUACUCUCAUUUCCGCGUGUCCUCACAGAGGUGUGAUGCUUUCAGAGAAUUCCAGGAUUUCCUUGACAUAGACAAUCAUAAUAUCCACAGGGCAGGACAAACCAAGUGGCCUUUAAUGAAAAUGUGCGUAGACCGAAUACUAGAACAGUAUGAACCUCUAAAACUGUACUUCCAAGGAGUUGCAAUUGAAUAUCCUACACAUACAAAUGACUCAAUCCUAAAUAUGGUCACAUUG